UCUUGAUCGACUCUUUGCUUCAACCAGAGCUCCUCUCUUAUCUUUUCAUGGAGAUGACACCCUUUCAAUUAGCCAAUAACACACCUCUCUCACUUUCUCCUAAUUUCGUUCUCCCAGUGAACAAGAGGCCAAACCUCUUAAACGUACUUCCUUCUGCCUCAAUUCCCAUUAUCGACUUAAAUGACAAUAAUAUUGAUGAUGGUCAAGGGCCAUCCCCGUUAGUUUCAAAAAUAUCACAAGCUUGUGAGGAAUAUGGUCUCUUUCAUAUUAUCAACCAUGGAGUCCCCAAAGAAUUAUGCCAAAAAACGUUGUCUGUGGUUAGGGCACAAUAUGUUACAAAAGAUCAUACCAAGCAAGCGAAAGUGCUCAACUAUUACCAAAAGGUCCAAAAGUAUGAAGGCAUAGAAAAGGUGAAAAUGUGGAAUGAGACCUUCUCACACCCUUGGCAUCAUACAGAAGAUUUUACUCAUUUGUUACCCACAAAUCCUCCUCAGUAUCGAGAAGUUUUUGCUGAGUAUGCAAGGAAGAUUGGAGAGUUGUUUGAUAGACUUUUGAGCUUGAUAUCCCGAGGGCUUGGCCUAGAGAAUGAUUGUUUAAAGAGGAGGAUAGGUGAGAGGCCUCGCCUUAACUGUCAAGCAAAUUACUAUCCACCAUGUCCAGACCCCGAGCUCACAAUUGGGUUGCCUGAACACAAUGAUCUUGGUUCUAUAGCGGUACUCCUACAAGUGGAGGGAGUGACUGGCCUCCAAGUGAUCAAAGAUGGGAAAUGGUUGCCCGUUGAUCCUGUGCCCAAUGCAUUCGUCAUCAAUCUGGCUGAUCAAAUUCAGGUUCUUAGUAAUGGAAAGUUCCAGAGUGUGAGACAUAGGGCUGUCACCAACAAGUUGUUGCCGCGAUUGUCAUUAGGAAUGUUCUACAACCCAAAUUAUGACACUGUGAUCGGUCCAAUUGAGGAUUUGAUUGAUGAAGAGCACCCUCCAAAGUAUCGAAAAUAUAGUUUCAAGGAGUAUAUGGAAGUAUUUUAUAGGCAAGAAGGAAAAAGGAGAGUAAUUGAAGCUUUUGAGUUGCCACCUUAA